GGCACCGAGUCACCAGGCACGACAGUGGACUCUGACUCAAUUGGCACGACAGCGGUCACCGGGUCAUCAGGUACCGAUUGUCUGGCUCGACAGCGGGCAUCGGGUCACCAGGUAUGACAGCGGGCACUGGGUCACCAGGCAUCAGGUCAUUUGGCUCGCCAGCGGGCACCGCGUCAUCUGGCAAGGCAGUGGGCACCGAGUCACCAGGUACAACAGCGGGCUCUGAGUCAAUUGGCACGACAGCGGGCACCGGAUCAUCUGGAUCAACAGCGGGCAUCGAGUCAACUGGCCUAAUAGGAUCAUCAGGCUGGAUCAGCUGAGUAGAGGCUCAUCAGGCUGAGUACAGGCAUCAGGCUGAGUACAGGCAUCAGGCUGAAGAGAGGCAUCAGGC